UUUGCUUCAAAAGCUUGGUCUGAUUGACUCUUACCCCAAAAAGAUGUCACAAGCAAAUGUUCUUCUCAUUGACACUUUAUCUCUUAGUGUAAAUCAACCUAGUUCGGAGAAAGAGCUAAGCUCCCACUAUCUCUACAAGCUCACGAUGUUGGAUUACAGAGCCAGGUACAUGUUUAUAAAGCAUAACACAAGUAGCAUGGAUUUAGAGGAUGCUCGAACCACUGUUGACAAUGAUGAUUUUUUUGAUUUUGGUGACAACAGUUUCCUGGAUGUGAGCUGCACAGAGACACAGAUUCAUCCAAUGGAUGUUCACAUGGCAGUUUUCCAUUGUGCCAAUGACUUCUUGCGACAGUACAUUGUCAAAAAGCUCUCUACUUGCCAAUUUGCAAUUCCCUUCCUAGUACCUGACCCCUGUACGGAGGAGGUUGAAUUCCCCUUCUGGGUCCUGCGAUACAUCAGUAAAUCAUGGCAAAGUAACACAAAUUCUACAGCUGACAGUCCUGGAAAGUACAAGAGCAGAAAAAUGUCCUGCACACCAGUCCCAGUUGUUUCCUUUAUUAGACUAGGUGAGUCCAAUUCCAACUCCAAGUCCCAGAUAUUGAAUGGUGUCAUUAGCAAACAGAGGCACAGUGUAUUUUUUCACCGCCAUUGCAAGGGGAGCACCAAAGACAGCUUGCUCAUGAAUGGAGUUGUGGAGAUUGCAUGGCACUGUCCAGGAGGGAAGGACGAUGACAUAUUUGAUGAUUGUGUGGCCUUUCUGAACCUUCAUGGUGAUGCAGCAAAGCAUCAAAAACAACUUGAGUUUCUUCAGGCAGUAAGUACUGUCAAUGUGCUUCUACUUUCAGAGCAUCCUUUGGAUGAAGCCGAAAAAGCGAUUUCCCAGAAACUCUCUAAGUCUCCAGUCCCCUUGAUAUGCAUGUUCUCAGGGAAAGAACUCAUUCAGCGGUCAAACAAUCCUACCAAAGUUAGGCUAGCCGCAAAGAACAGGAAUCAUGCUGAAUUUACAGAAGAACUGAUUUUAAGUAUCCGACAGUGCAUUGGUGAAAAUAAACAGACAACAAACAUUGACAUGUGCCGUCAAGUUGCAAUUCAACAACAGUUCAAAGUGAAUGAAGUUCACAAAACAUAUCAAGAAGGUUAUGAACAGGCUCAGACAUUAAUUAGUCUUUUGAAGGAGGAAAGCUCUUCGGCUCUGAAGGAGAAGCUUUUGCCCCUUCAGGGUCAUUUGUGGCAUGAAUGGUCUAGGAAAAACAAAGAGCAGUUUCGCUUGCAGUGCAAAGAAAAGGAAAGCAUUGAACAGCAGCUGAGUGAAAUCUCAGCUAAAAUGGAAGAAAUCAGAGAGAGUCAACUAUAUAAGGCCACACCUCUCAAUGACUUUGUAAGAUCAUUCAUAGAUUGCUUAAGUAAACCUAAUAGUUCCGAAGACACAAAACUCUACACAUUGCAGUGCCUCACAAUCUUCCUGGAUGAUCUUACCACUGGUGCACUUGCAGAGCUUGAAGUGGACUAUCAAUCAACCUGGAGAAAAAUGAGAGAAGUACCAAAGGACAAGGAAAAAACAUCUCAUGUCAAUCAAAUGCAAUCAAAACUCAACAACAUAUCUGACAAAAUGGCUGCAACAACCAUUAGCCUCCAGCAUCUUAUGAGAGAGGUUGGUCAACUGUAUGAGGCCAGUCAAACAACACCAAAAGCACCAGGACCAAACAAACAAUUCUCCACUAUUCUGCCUAAAAUUGGGGCAGACAUGCUGGUUUAUGGGUGUCCACUUGAGCUAAUGGAUGGAGAUGCUGCCCAUGUGCCUUUAACAUGGAUUGAAGCUGUUAUGGAUGAACUUGUUAACAUUCUUGGAGACAAAAAAUUAUUUGUUCUGUCCAUUCUAGGGCUUCAAAGCUCUGGGAAAUCCACACUGCUGAACACCAUGUUUGGUGUUCAGUUUUCUGUGAGUGUAGGAAGGUGCACCCGUGGAGCCUUCAUGCAGCUCAUACCGGUGGACUCCAGCAUCAGAAAUAAACUGGGAUAUGACUUUGUCCUCAUUGUGGACACAGAGGGACUCCGAUCACCAGAACUCAGUACAAAGCUAUCAGUGAACCAUGACAAUGAGCUUGCCACUUUCAUUAUUGCAAUUGGUGACAUAACUGUAAUAAACAUUAUGGGGGAAAACCCAGCAGAGAUGCAAGACAUUCUUCAGAUUUGCGUGCAGGCUUUUUUGCGAAUGAAACAGGUCAAAAUUGCACCAAGUUGCAUUUUUGUACAUCAGAAUGUUGCUGAUGCAUCGGCUGGAGAAAAGGCUAUGGAAGGGAGAAGACGUCUCCUGCAGAAACUUGAUAAUAUGGCUACCAUAGCAGCAAAGGAAGAGAGCAUUGAUAGCAUUAAUGAAUUCAGUGAUGUAAUACAGUUUGACAUUGAAUCCCAAGUGUUCUACUUCAAGAAUCUUCUGGAGGGGGAUCCUCCCAUGGCCCCACCAAACCCUUCCUACAGCCAGAAUGUGCAAGAACUGAAGACCAAGCUGCUAACAAUUGCAGAGUGGAAAACAGAGCGUAAAUUUUCCUCAUUUUCAAAAUUCAGAUCACGGGUUGGUGACGUUUGGAGAGCACUUUUACAGGAGAACUUUGUUUUCAGUUUUAGAAACACAGUUGAAAUGAUGGUGUACACUUCUCUAGAAGAAAAGUACUCAGCAUGGUCAUGGGAGCUGAGAAAAUAUGCUCUGGAGAUGCAGAGCAAACUCUGCAACCAAAUUGGCAGCAACUUGAUUCAGGAUGUGAAUGUACUAGAACUGAUGGAGCAUUUUGACAAUCAAGUCUAUAAUCAACUGCAACAGGACAUAGAAAAGUAUUUCAAAGAAGACAAACAUAGAGAAACUCUUAUAACAUGGAGGGUGAACAUUGACAAACGUUUCAGCAACCUAAGAACUGAACUCAUUGAUGGGACAGUAAAGAAAUGUAAAGAACUAAUUACCUCCAAGAAUAAUAGAUCAGAACUAGACCAGAGGAAAACGGAAUACACUGCUGAGUUGACCAAGCAGAGCAAAGCCCUGGCAUCCAAUCUAAAAGCACAGCGCCUUGACGACAAACAAGUAACAAAAGAAUUUGACAAACUCUGGGUGAACUGGACAGCUAAAGUGGUCAAAGCAAACAUCCCCAAUGACUGUGUGAAUGUAAAGGCUGCAGUGGAGGCAAUACUCCAAAAAGACUUUGAAAAACAGCCAAAUGUCUUUCAGAAAAUAAAAGGCGCAACAGGUAAUUUUGAGUUUGACAAGAAUAAACAUGUUUCUCAAAGUUUUAUUCAGAUGAUAAAAUCAUGGGGAAAGGCUUUCUCUCAAGAUGUUAAACAAUGUCAACAAGAAGUGAGUCAUUCUGUCGAAGUAUAUGUCACUGCAAAAGAAACCGGCAAGGAGGAUUUUGAUACUUGCUUCAUUUAUGAGAUACUAAAAAAAAUUGAGCGGACCAUUGCUCAAUUUGAGCGCUCCACAGGCAAGCUUAAGUUCACAAAUGAAUUCAAGGCAGACUUGUCUAUUCAUCUUUGCCUGAAAUGUGUUUCAAGGUUUCAGACGAUGCAGGAAACCUUUAAGACUGCAAACCAUCCACUGACAUAUCUGGAAAGCCAAAGAGACAAGUAUCUCCAAGCAUUCAGAAACUAUUGCAAAGGAGCAAAUUCUGUAACAAUAUUUGUUGAUUUUCUCUGUAAACACAUCAAGCCAGAAUUUCUGACUGCAGUGAAUGAGAAAACCAGUCAGCACAUUGCAGGUGAAAUGAAAUCCAACAAUCCAGCUUUUAACAGCAAUAGGUCAAACCUUGAGAAUCACAUACUGAAACAUCUGGCAACUGUGGAGGACUUCAGCUCAUUUGCUGAAUACAUUGUCUUCCCAAAGAGAUAUUUUCAAAGAUUUAUCCAAGAAAAGACCAAUAACUUUUGCAGUGAUACUGGAAAACUGCAUAUAAUGCAUGAGGAAAAUCUUGGAACCCUCAAAAAUCUGAUUUUAUCAACAAGCACAGAAGCAACUAGAGAAGUGGAAGAUAAGAAAGGAAAUGCAUCCAUGUGGCUUGACUGCUUCUGUAAAACAUUGGGGGAGCACAUGGUAAUAAAAAGAAAUGAAUUGCAUACCAUUGAAAAUGAAGACAUUGAAGACUGGAAGUUUUUCAAAGAUGUGAUGGCUCAGUCUCUUGAUGAAAUUCUGAAGGAUGAAAAAGCAAUUGACAUGGAAACUUUGAGAAAGAAACCAACUAAACACCUCUUCAACCAGCUGCAGGGGUGCUGGGCACAGUGUCCUUUCUGCAAAGCCAUCUGCACAAACACCAUCCCCAACCAUGAUGGAGAACACAGAGUAACGUUCCACCGUUGUGAUGCACUUGCUGGCUGGCACUACAAGGGCACAGAUCAUUUUUCAGUCAAUUUCUGCACCACAGCAGUCAGCAGUGAUCAAAAAUUCAUUCCUCGUUGGAAUGAGGAUGAGAGUAUCCCCUACAAGACCUACAGAAAAGCUGGAGCCCCUUACAAUAAAUGGAACAUUACUCCAGAUGGCAGUGUGCAGCGCUACUGGAAAUGGUUCAUCUGUCAAUUUCAGGAACAAUUAGAGAAUAAAUAUAAAUUUAAAUUUGUGGGUGAUGGUGCAAUCCCAAAUGAAUGGAAAUCAUUCACAAAAGAAUCUGCUUUGGCAGAGUUAGUAUAAUUGAGGAUGAGCACACAUGCACCCAGCUUGCAUAACGUCAUUUAGUCUGCCAUUGAAAUUGAACUACAUGUUAUGCAGUGGAGUUACUUAAGUUAAUGUUUUUAUAUACUGCAGAACAAUCUGCUAAUCUAACUGUUUUACUGGAGGUGAAAGGAGUAUGAAAAGUCCUGCUAAAAUGAGGUCCUGAACUUUUUGACUGUUUUUUUUGUGCAUACAAUUAGAUAAAUCUGAGAGAAAAAAAACAAAAACUUUAUUUUGGACAUAAUAUAACACUUCUUUCUUCACAUUUUAGUGUGAAUUUUUACACAAUCACUAAUAUCACAGAAAGAACAGUAAUCAGGCCGAGCAUAGCAGCGAAUACAAAAAACAAGGAAAGCGACAGUUUGCAGGACAAAAAAGGUCAGCCAGGGCGGGACUUUCUGAAGGAGGGACUAAAAACAAAAAUUGAGGACAUUCAUCAACAAAAUAGGGAGCAGAGAUUGAAUAGGGUGGAGAAGCUUCUGUGGUUGGGACGAGUGCAAACCAAUCACAUGGAUGGCAGGAAGUGCAAGUCGCCUGUUGUCCUGUUGGCUGCAGUGUAGGACUUUGAACCUGACCCUGGCAGAAACCACAGACAACCACAGAAAGCAGACAACAGAACCACAGAAAACAGACAUUUGACUAUUUUGAGAAUGACUCAGAAAUGAUGUCGGGAAAUGAGGCUGCCCUCAUAGUCUCUGAAAAUGCCUUUCACUCCCUCAAAGGACAAGCAAAAUGUGAGAGAGCAGAACACAGCGGUCUGACUAAUGAGCCUCGCAAAACAGACCAAGCCUCACCGCCACUACAGAGGACAGAGCCCCACACUCUGACACCCCUCACCCAAACCCACAGGUCCACACCAAGGUGGCUCAGAUGAGGAAGGGGAGCUAGUGGGGCUAAGAGAACAAGGGCAAAUUAGGCAGAACUCAGACCUGAUCCCCAAAAAACAAGUGUGGAGUUUCUUUCCCAAGUGGUUAUUGCUGCUUGCUUUCCAUAUAUCACCAUAUCAUCAUCUUGCUGCAGAACAUUAAUCAACUAGUUUCAUUUUUAAAAAUAAAAAAAUAAUGUGAUCACAUCAAUAAAAAAUGAUUAAUUCAGGGGAAAGUAAUCAUAUUUUGAAACAUGGAACAUCUUCAAUGUUCAUUGUGCAUGUAUAUGUUAAUUAUUUUUUUAAAUCUAUAUUUGAGGAAUAUAAAAACAUUUUAUCAAAAUGUCGCAGCCCUACCAUAGGUCAUUCUAUCUAUUAUUAUUUUUUUUACAUUUAAUUAACAAUGUGUAUUUUACUUUUCAAUAUGUAUCAAAAUGUGAUUUUCUUAUAGAUUUGUGGAGUUUUCUAUAUUAAUGAAUGUAAUUGUAUAUUAAUUACAACCUGUUAUACAUUAUGACAUAACCAUAUAUAACCAGCAAACAUGCAAAGGAACCUCCCUAUCAAAGACAUUAGGGAUGAAUAAAUGCAUGCACAGAUGAACAAGAUUCAUAGAUGAUUGGGAGUAGAAAUAACGAAAAUGUCUUAUGUUUUACUUUUUAUUAUUUUUAAGUAUUCAGUAGUUUGACUUGUAUUAUCCAUAAGGGUUUUAUGUAAUUUUAGAUACCUUUAUUGAACCAGUCAAAGUGUUCAUAGAAAAUGUAUGUCUUAUGAAUUACAAUUAAAUUAAAUGAUAUUCCAACUU